AUGAAGCUCUUUGCACUCGGCGCCUCAAAGAACAUUGGCUACUUCACAACCCGUCACUAUCUCGCGGCUGGUCACACCGUCAUCUUUCUCCUGCGCUCGACAACCGUCUUUGACGACGACGAAACAAUGAAGCCAUACAUCCAGUCGAACAAAGCCAUUCUCGUCAAAGGUGAUGGUCUCGUCAAGUCUGACGUUACCAAUGCCUGGAACAAGGCAAACGAGGGUGGCCCAGUCGACCUCAUCCUAUCCACGAUUGGUGCACCCAUCAAGUUUCAGUUCCCCCGGGGUUUCGUAAUCACCCCGCCAGACCUCACGACUAGAUGCAUGUUCAACCUACUCCAGGUCGUCGCAGAGAGCCGCCCUAGCCCAUUCCCCAGGAUGAUCGCCAUAUCCUCCACGGGAAUUACCAAAGCCUCACACGAUGCGCUCCCAGUAACGAUGAGACUGAUGUAUAAUGUAUUGCUUCCUGCACCUCAUGCGGAUAAGCUGGGCCUGGAACGCCUCCUACAGUAUGCGAUGGGUCGACGAUGGGAGGAGAAUGCAGAGCCAGAGGAUAGCAUACUUCCCAAGGGAUGGGAAGAUUCGCUGCCACCUGCUGGAUUCAUGCCAGACAUUGUCGUCGUGCGACCAGCAUUUUUGACAGACGGGGAAGCCAAGCACGAAUACAAAGUCUCCCCGGACGAGUAUGCGUCGUAUGUCAUUAGCCGAAAGGACGUCGCUCAUUUUAUAGGCGAAAGGCUUCUCACCGAGUGGAGCACUUGGUCAGGAAAGAUUGUCAAUUUAGGCUACUAG